AUGACUGCAGUACGAGGCCCGCGUCUCCAGGUCGGGUCCGCGGCGUGGGUCGGGGAAGAGCGAGCAUCUGCGCUGGAGAUUGUGCAGUCAGAAGUAGAGGAAUUCUCUUUUUCUGCCCACAAUGAGGUUGAAUGGCUUAAUGAGCAUAUGGCUGCAAUAUUCAACGAGAACGAAGUUAACAUCACAGAAGCUUUUAAAACUCCCAGUAAACUUAGGGGCAAAACACCCCAUACGAUUCGGAAGGCUAAUGCAGCAGAGACACGAGUGCCUCUGUCCGAUGUAUUCGCAGCAGCACCUCCUAGUGUUUCGAAGAAUCAACCUCCCACCCCUACCACUCGCUUCCAGCCUCCUCAGCUACACCAGGUCGCGGCAAAACGACCGCCUCCUCCUCGAGCUAUGCAGGAUUCUGGUUAUUAUGGAAGCCAGGAGUUCAUUGCCACGGACCCUAGCGAAGCUGCAGAGCCCGAAGACCUUGCGAGUCCCUACAGCGAUAUUGUAUUACCCCCUGGCGGAUCUUCCAUACGACGGAGUCCGGUUCGAAAAAUUGUUUCAGUGUCUCCCACAAAAAGCUUUCCAGCGACAAAGGAGGAUUCAACAGCACGCAACUUGCCAGAUGUGCCAUCCGAUGUUGCACAAGAUGAGCUAAAGAUAUCAGCUAGAGAUUUCGAUGUGGAUGAAUCAUCUUCUGAACCAGCUGUAACAUCGCCAGCUCCAUCUUCUAGGAAUCCGCCUAUAUCUCUCCACCAGUCUGAUGAGCCUUCGGAUGAUGAACAGUCUGCGUCUGAGGGAUCAAGCCCCAUCAGGACCGUAGUUCGAAAAAGUAGCUUGAAUUUUGCUUCGUUGCCAGCUAGGGAGCCUCUUACCUCGGGCAAAAGCCUUGGUGCCCGCCAGUCUCGGAACAGCCAUUUCGAUACCGGCAACAGUAGCAGAACAAGCUACUAUCAAAGACAAACUGGUGGGAAAAGCCUUGGAAAUCUCGCUAAGCACGAUCCUCCACACGAGGACAAAGCCGACGGUAUGGAAGUGGAUGCACAAGAGGCGUCCCCCGUUUAUGAAGCCUCUGAGGCUGAUCGACCUGGCGUGAACCAUACGAAAACAUAUACGCAGAGAUUACAGGAUCAAAUCAGCAUGCUGAGCAAACCACAAGGCAGCUUUGGACAAACUAAGCAGACAUUGAAUGCGGCAGCAACACAACAAGACUCUGUUCAAGCACAGUCCGUUACGAGUCCAAAGGCGCCCUCUGCCGAGAGGGAGCCAGUCUCUACAACGCCACGGCAUUCUCCCGAUGACGAUGAUGAUGACUGGAUCGAAUCCCCAAAUACUGCCAAAAAGGCUAGAGAAGCUAGGGAGGCCAGGGAAGCUAUGGAAACAAGACCCAUUCUGACCAAGAGCUUUACAGCCGACAUCAUGGAAGGCAUUCAGGAUAGAGAAGAUGAUGACCCACUUCACGCUGGUGAGCAGACAUCUCAGGGCCUUUUCAAUGCCGUAAAAUCAACAUCUUCAUCGACUAUGCCUACGGAUGCCUCUGCCCUGGCGAGGGACACUGCUCCUUUGUCCAAGGCAAUCUCCAUAUCGAACCCCAGCCUGGCAUUUUCGCAGGAUGAUUUCGCAGACACUCCUUCUAAAUCACCCACUCGGGGCUUCCGGGAUAGUCCUCUGAAGCAAGUCAAGAGCAAACUGUCGUCUAUUCUGAAAAGCUCUCGCGGACUACUUGCUACAAAUGCUGACGGCAAGGCCCUUAUGUCACCAUCGACCACCCGCCUGGCGUUGCAUGCGGGGCCAUCUUCAGAGUCUGUCGUUAUGAAGUCCCAAGAGAUGGAAUCUCAGACUGUGGAAUCUGCGAGCCCAACAAAGCCAAUUGCACGUCGCACAAGAGCGUCUACAGAACGGGAAAAGGAACAGAAGCGCCGAGAGAAUGAAGUUAAGCGCAUGGAAGAGCAGAUGGAUAAGCUUGACAAGGCACGCGAGAAAGAGAGAGAAAAGGCUCGAGCAUUUACCCAAGAGCAGGAGAAGGUGGCUACUAUGGAAAAGGAGAUUGCUGCCAAGAGACAAGACGAGAGACUGGCAAUCAAGCCAACUUCUAUUCCCUCCAAGGCUGGCCCGUCCAGUCCGCGCAAGCUGAGAGCUGGCGAGCCGUCUCAGUUCAGACAAGCUGAUCAAGAUACUGACAUGUCUGACUCUCAGCCUCCGAUGCCCCCUCCUUCUUCUUCCAAGCCAACUCAACCCGGCCGUGGUAAGGACAGCAAACGACCAGUGAGACCAGUGAAAGAGACAGCCUCAAAGAUAAAAGCACCCCCUACGGUUAUUAGAGUCAACACCGGCUCACAGCACUCACAAUUCCAGCCUGCUGGCAGCCGAGUAUCCACAGCAUCUCAUGACACCUUGAACUCUAACCAUUCGACGGCCUCAUCAAAAACUAGCAAGUCCUCUUAUCAGGCCAAGUCUUCAGUACCUAAAGCUGCUCCGCCCUCUGCUGGUCGAUCCAAAGCUGCGGAAUUGGCCGCCAGGAAAAAGGAGCAAGAUGAGAGGGAAUCACAACGGCGCCGCGACGCAAAGGCAGAGAUGGAGAAAAAGCGAAUUGCAGCACAAGAGGAGCAGCGAAAGCAAGACCAACAGCGACGCCUUGAGUUGGAGAGGCAGAAACAGCAGGAAGAAGAGAAAAAAAGGCAGGCUGCUAUUGAAAAGGCCAAGCAGACGAGAGCCCCUCCCCCAGCGGUACGAUCACAGCCAAAUGGCCCACCAGAUUCAACCUUGGCUCAGCAGAGGUCGGCAUUUUCAAAAGCUGAGGGUCAACCUGCUCGACCGCCCUCCCGGUUGGCUGGCAUGCGCGAUGAUUCAAGCAGACCUGCUAGCACCAUUCUAUCCAACGCCGCCAAAGCGGGUGCGAAACGCACCCUGGGGCCGGAGACGACUGACGAUACUUAUUCAAGACCCCCGCCCUCUCGAGGUGCGCCGGCCUACCACACAAAGGAUUCUAAGCGGCGCCGGACCAGUGAACAUGGCGAGGAUGAGUCGGACGUAGACAAUGCUCCUAAACUCAAAGGCCCACCAGUGAGGCCGUCAACAGGAUUCAAAAAGGAUCUGCCGACAAAGUCUGCCUUCCAGAAUGGAUAUGCGGCUGCCUCACACAGUGCCACUCGAGAUUUGUUCAAGGCCGCCGUCACAGCCCAACACAAUAGCCACAUCAAAGCAGCCAACCCUCUUGAUAUGGCUCAGAUCUCAAAGGGCCCGAUUCCAUUUGCGCCAGGCUCGAGUGCUGUUGGACCUUCUCACAAGACGCCGGCCCGUCCUGGACAGUUGGCUAGUGUUAAAGGGAGCGUGAGGAAGGCCUCGCCGCGGUUCCAGAAUGGCGAUUCAAUUGAGCUUCCCGAGAUUCAGACUGACGAUGACGAUGACGACGACGACGAAACUGAAGGAAUGAACGUUGCUGCGUGGGCCGACUCUCCUGACUUGCGCCGUGCUCUCAUGAGGCAAGAAACGAUGGACCCAUCGCAGAUCUUUGGUCCACCGGCGCCCUUGAUCAUGGAAGAAGUUUUCAAUAAGAGCAAAGAUAAAUGGCACAAAUUCCGCCAGAGGACGUCUAGUGCCAACUGGAGCGGCCUGGAUCGUUUGACUGAGGAUGACAUUAGAAAGGAUAUGGCGGCUCGCGACAAGCUGCGCCGAGAUGGAGGAUGGUCUUAUGAGAUGAGCAAAGACAUGCUAUAA